AUGGACAGGUUAAGCGGGUUAAUCAACGCCGCCCGUGGUAUGGGCGGUGGCAUGGGCGGAGGAUCAUCACAGGAUACCAACAUCAUCGACAACUCCGAAACAGUUUACAUCUCAUCCCUUGCGCUCCUCAAAAUGUUACGGCAUGGACGGGCUGGUGUACCGAUGGAGGUCAUGGGACUGAUGCUCGGAGUGUUUGUGGAUGAUUAUACGGUGCGAGUGGUGGACGUGUUCGCCAUGCCCCAGAGCGGGACGGGUGUGAGUGUCGAGGCGGUGGACCCGGUGUUCCAGACGAAGAUGAUGGAUAUGUUGAAGCAGACGGGAAGACCCGAAACCGUCGUCGGCUGGUACCACUCCCAUCCCGGCUUCGGCUGCUGGCUCUCCAGCGUCGAUAUCAACACACAGCAAUCCUUCGAGCAGCUCACCCCUCGCGCUGUCGCUGUCGUCGUCGACCCCAUCCAAUCCGUCAAAGGCAAAGUCGUCAUCGACGCCUUCCGCCUGAUCAACCCGCAGCUCCUCAUGAUGGGCCACGAACCCCGCCAAACGACCUCCAAUCUCGGCCACCUCAACAAGCCGUCCAUCCAGGCCCUCAUCCACGGCCUGAACCGCCACUACUACAGCAUUGCCAUCAACUACCGGAAAACGGGGCUCGAGGAGAACAUGCUGAUGAAUCUGCACAAGCACGUGUGGACGGAGGCGCUGCAGAUGGCGGACUUCCGGACCGAGGACGUGCGGAAUAAGGAGCGGUUGACGAAGUUGGUAGGGCUUGCGGAGGGAUAUGAGAAGCGGGUCAAGGAGGAAACGGAGUUGACGAAAGAGCAAUUAAAGACGCGAUAUGUUGGGAAGGUUGAUCCGAAGAAGCACCUCGAAGACGUAGGCCAGCUCCUCAUCGAAGACAACAUCGUCUCCGUAUCCCGCCAGAUGAUCGACAAGGAAGCAUCCGUACCGACCGCAAAGUCCGAGGCCAACGGGCAGUCGAAUGGAAUGGAUGUUGACGAGCUAUGA